GGCUGCAGAGCUGCGCUUUGCCCUCCGGUGGCACCCAAUCAAGGGCAGCAGCAGAAUAAAGAAUAAAGACCCCAGGAUGCAGACCUGCUGCCAAGCCCUGUUGCUGCUGCUGGCUGCAUGCACCCUGCCUGCCCACUGCUUGGAGCCCACCUGCCUGCACUUCUCUGAGCUGCUGCCCGCCCGGCUGCGGGAGCUGAGGGUGAAGUUUGAGGAAAUUAAGGACUAUUUUCAAUCCAGAGACGAUGAACUUAACAUUCAACUGCUCAGCUCUGAACUGCUGGAUGAGUUUAAGGGGACCUUUGGCUGCCAGUCUGUGUCAGAGAUGCUGCGCUUCUACACAGAUGAGGUCCUGCCCCGUGCCAUGCAGACCAGCACCAGCCAUCAGCAGAGCAUGGGCGACCUGGGCAACAUGCUGCUGGGCCUGAAGGCGACGAUGCGGCGCUGUCACCGCUUCUUCACCUGCGAGAAGAGGAGCAAAGCCAUCAAGCAGAUCAAGGAGACGUUCGAGAAGAUGGAUGAGAACGGGAUCUACAAAGCCAUGGGGGAGUUCGACAUCUUCAUCAACUACAUCGAGGAGUACCUGCUGAUGAGGAGGAGGAAGUGAGCCCGUGAGCACAGCCGCUCUCAGCCCAGCCCCGCGGCGUUACAAAGCGCACCG